UGCACUAAUAAGUGGAUUUCUUCUUGUAUGAACAUACAUUUGCUUCUAUGAUUAAGAAUAAUGUUGUGUAAGCCCCAAUGAGGUUACAACCCCAGUAUAGGUAGUGUUAGAUGAUAAGUUGAAUGAAAGAUAAAACUAAAUGGCUUAUUUAAUUUCACUUAUCAUUUAAUGACACAUUAACGUCACUUAAACUGGGGUUGUGACCCCAGUGAGCUCAAAUAGCAUUACUCUAUGAUAAAUGAAUGGAAAUAGUUUUUGAUACGUUGAAAGCAUUAAUUUGUCAUUGAACAUUGGGAGAACGUUUCCGGUGGCGCUAAUAUGUGGUUUGGUGAAACCGUUAAUACCUUUCAGGUUGCACUAAUAUGCAGUCUCGUAAACGGGAAGAUAUUCAUGGAAUGGGUGAGUCCCGCCGUGCUGAAAGCUUAUCAAUGGCAGAUUAGCACUAUGGAAACUAGUUUGAGGGAGAUUUCGGACAUUUUUGAGGUCAAUACAAGUAGAGGAUUAUCUCAAGAUAUAAUUCAGAAGCUACCAAUUUACGAAUUCUAUUCCCCAAGGACGACAUCUUGUCACGAGACAAAUUGUUCAAUUUGCUUACAGGACUUUAAGAACAGAGAAUCUGCGAAGAUGCUACCAAGCUGUAGACAUUUCUUUCAUGUGCACUGCAUAGACGAAUGGCUUCUCCGGCAGGGAACCUGCCCAAUGUGUAGAAGAGAGAUCUGAAUGGAACUGGACGACGAGGAGAAAACUGAUGGUGCAAGUUUGUAAAAAAACCCGGAGAGAAGAAAUAGGAAAUAGGUCAGAUCCAAAUGAAAAUGUCCCAGUAAUGCUUCUAUCCUUAACUUUGUUGUAGAUAAAUUUUGAAACAAAGAACUUUGAUCUCUCGUAUCUAAUGUAAGAUAGAAGUAGAAUCGAUUCUCGAAUGACCAAAUCAUCAUAGUACAAGUGGAAGUGCUCUAUGAAUAUAUGUAGUACUUGUGAAUACUGCAAAUUGUUUCUUUUAAAUUCUGUAUCUCCUUUUUUAUCGAAGUUGUUACGUGUUGUCAUACUUGGCCAACCUACUUGGGCUUAUGGCUCACUCAAUCCGAACCACGUGACACUCCAACCGAGGUGGCAUGUAUAGCCGAAGCCCAUAUACUGAGGCCUGUGAAAGUAGCUGAAGUCCAUACGCCGAGGCCCAUAAACCGAAGUCAUGAUGCGAGAUCACCGAAAAGAUAGCCGAAGCCCUAAAGCGGAAGUAUUACGUGAAAACGUCAUGAUCACUUCUCCCAAGAGAUCUUCUACAUAAAGAUCUUGUUUGAAU